AAAGUCACCAAACCCAUGAAGAGCGUGCAGGUGCCAGAGACUCAGGUGGCCACGUUCGAGUGUGAAGUUUCUCACUUCAACGUCCCGUCCACGUGGCUGAAGGACGGUGUGGAGAUCGAGAUGAGCGAGAAGUUCAGGAUCGUGGUUCAAGGAAAACUUCACCAGCUGAAGAUCAUGAACACCAGCAGGAACGACUCCGCAGAGUACACCUUCGUCUGCGGCAACGAUCGAGUGUCCGCCACGCUCACCGUUACCCCCAUCAUGAUCACAUCCAUGAUGAAAGACCUGAACGCUCAGGAAAGAGACACCAUCACCUUCGAGGUCACCGUCAACUACGAGGGCAUCACCUACAAAUGGCUGAAGAACGGCGUGGAGGUCAAGUCGUCGGACAGAUGUCAGGUCCGCAGUCGGCAGCUCACGCACUCGCUCACCAUCCGAAAUGUUCACUUCGGAGACGGAGGAGAGUACCAGUUUGUGGCCGGCUCAGCUGCCUCCGCCGCAAAUCUGUUUGUGGAAGCCCGAGUGAUUGAAUUCACCAAGAAGAUCAAGGACAUAAAGAUCACAGAGAAGAAAAAGGCGAUAUUUGAAUGUGAGGUUACGGAGCCAAACAUCCAGGUGAUGUGGAUGAAGGACGGUCAGGAGCUGGACCUGUCGGAGGAACGGUACAUCGUGACAGCAGAAAAGUACGUUCACCGUCUGAUGAUCCAGACGGUUCGCAUGUCCGAUGCUGGAGUGUAUUCAGUGGUGGCUGGGUCGAGUGUCUCCAAAGCUCAGCUCACAGUCGAGGGUCGCGACAUCCGGAUCUCUGAACCUGCCGAGCGGGAAAUUACAGUUCUGGAGAAACAACGAGCGACCUUCGAGUUUGAGGUGAACGAGGACGAUGUGGAGGGUCGCUGGCUGAGGAACGGGGUGGAGAUCCAAGUCUCUGUGGAGGAACGGUUCAACUAUGUGGCCAUCAGAAAGCUGCACCGCCUCACCAUCUCUGAGACCUACAGGAGUGACGCCGGGGAGUACAUCUUCAUCGCCGGCAAAAACAGGAGCACCAUGCACCUCCGGGUCAACAUCCCAGAGCCUCCGCAGAUCCUUCGCCACAUGGAGCCUCAGUCGUUAGAAGCUGGUAAACCGGCUCGCUUCUCCGUGAAGGUGAGCGGCGUUCCUCAGCCUCAGGUCUUCUGGUAUAAAAACUCCCAGGCCCUGUCUCCGGGCUUCAAGUGCAAGUUCCUUCACGACGGCGACGAGCACACGCUGCUGCUGAUCGAGGUCUUCCCCGAGGACACCGCCGUCUACAACUGUGAAGCAAAGAACGACUAUGGUACUGCCACGAGCACUGCAGCGCUCAACGUGGAAGUUUCAGAAGUGGUGUCUCCGGACUCCGCCGCUCCUGUUGCUCCGCCUGUCGUCAUUUCACCCAUCGCCAACACUUCAGCUUGUGAGGGAGAACCGGCUCGCUUCCAGUGCAGAGUCCGUGGAGAUGAUGUGAAGAUCACCUGGUUCCACAGGGAGAAGGAGAUCAAGCAGUCAGACUUCUUCAGGAUGUCUCUGUUUGACGACAGCUGUCAGCUGGAGGUCUCCAGGGUGUACCCAGAGGACGAGGGGGAGUACAGCUGCGUGGCCACGAACAGUGCCGGCACUGUCUCCUGCUCCGCCAUCCUCACACUGGACGUGACUCAUGUGAGAGAGCAGAUCGAAGCCAAGAUUGAGCAGGAAGUCAAAGUGCCACCUGUCUUUAGGCUGAAAAUCACACCUGUGGAGAUAAACGUUGGCGGACACGCCAAGCUCGAAUGUGAGAUCGAGGAUGCUCCGAGUGUGACCUUCAAAUGGUACAAGUCUGGUGUUGAGGUCAGACAGAGUGAGAAGUAUCGAAUCAUCAGCAGCUACAGCAGUUCCUCUUUGGAGCUCCUGAACCCAGUGAAGGCCGACAGUGGUGAAUACAGCUGCAAGGCUUCGAACCAGCACGGCACUGACAGCUGCACCGCCUCACUCAUCGUCACCGAACCGGCUAAGAUCGUGGAUAAGCCCGACUCUCUGAGUGUGACGGCAGGAGAUAUCGCCGCCCUCGAGGUCAAAGUGCGUGGAACCCCAGAGCUCGUCCCCAAGUGGUUCAAGGACGGCGUGGAGCUGGCCUCUGGGAGGAAAUACAAGAUCUCAUUCUCCCGGAUGAUUUCCAGCCUAAACGUUCUUUCUGCUGAGAAACUGGACUCUGGAGAAUAUACGUUUGAGGUCAUGAACGAGGUCGGGAAGGACCUGAGCAAAAUUAAUCUCACCGUCUUAGAUAAGAUCAUUCCUCCGACCUUCUCCAGGAAGUUGAAGGACUGUAACGCAGUUGUCGCAGAAGCUGGAGAGAUGGAGUGUAAAGUGUCAGGUUCUCCCCCUUUCACCAUCUCAUGGUUCCACGAUGGCGAGGAAAUUCAGAGCGGACCCAACCAUGAGAUUUCCUUCAGUGAGAACAGCUGCAUGCUCAGAGUUCCCUCGCUGAAGCUGUCCGACUCGGGAAUGUAUAAAUGUAAAGCUGUCAACAAGGCGGGAUCCAGUGAAACCAGCGCGUUGCUUGGUGUCAAAGAACCUCCGUCCUUUGUGGUGCCACCUCAGCCGGUGGAGGCGAUGCCGGGCUCGAAUGUGACGUUCUCAGCGAUGGUGAAAGGCAGCGCGCCGCUCAAACUGAAGUGGUUCCGAGGAGCGAAAGAGAUCCUGGCGGGUCAAGGCUGUGAUUUCUCCUUGAAGGAUAACCAGGUGGUUCUGGAGCUUUUCAACGUGAACAGAUCUCACGCUGGCGAGUACACGUGUCAGAUCGCCAAUGACGCCGGAAAGGAAAGCUGUCCAGUUAACCUCACUGUCAAAGAACCCGCUGCCUUCUCCAAGAAGCUGAAGGACAUGGCGGUGGAGAAGGGGAAACCGUUAACUCUGGAGUGCACGUACGCCGGAACACCAAAGAUAACGGUGAACUGGUACAAAGACGGACAGCAAAUCUUUGCUUCCUACAAAUACAACAUCACCACGACGGAGAGCUCUUGCAUCCUGGAGUGUCUCAGUACAGACGACAAGGAGGCGGCAGGACGAUACAGCUGCCGAGUGUCCAACGAUGCCGGAGACGACACAUGUGAGGCGGCCGUCUCCAUUCUCGAGCCACCGUAUUUUGUCGAGUCUCUGGAGCCCAUGGAGGUGACCGCCGGGGACGCCGUGUGUCUCAAGUGUCAAGUGGCAGGAACUCCUGACAUCAAGGUGUCGUGGUUCAAGGCUGACGGUAAAGUGCGGUCCAGCCCCACCUGUAAGUUGGAGUACUCAAAGGGCGUCGCCUGCCUGAAGCUCAGCAAAGCCACCAAGGCCGACAUCGGAGAAUACAGCUGCAAGGCGGAGAAUCGCAUUGGCUCCUCCUCCUCCACCUGCAGACUCAGUGUUCAAGAGGCCAAAACGCCACCAACCUUCCCCAAGAAGAUCACCAGCCUGCAGCAGACGGAGGGUCUGCCUGUCAGGUUCGAGUGCCGUGUCGCGGGCUCGUCACCCAUCGAGGUGUCGUGGCUGAAAGACGGCGAGCCUCUGACGCAUGGAAACGACUUCUCUAUGUUGUACGAUGACAAUACGGCCGUGCUGCAGAUUGACCACAGUGAGAUGAGGCACUCUGGAGAGUACACCUGCGUGGCCAACAACAGCGUGGGCUCGGCCUCUUGCAGAGCCAAGCUCACCCUGCAGGAACCCAGAUACCCUCCAGUCUUUGACAGGACGUUGUCACCACAGGAAGUGACAGUGGGCGACAGCAUCGAGCUGGAGUGUCACAUGACCGGCUCCGCCCCCAUUAAAGUCACAUGGUCCAAAGACCACAAAGACAUUCGCUCUGGGGGGAAUUAUAAGAUGAGCUGCGAUGAUAACACGCCGCACCUGACCAUUGUGAAGGCAGAUAGAGCCGAUACAGGGAGGUACUUCUGCCAUGCCACUAAUGACGUGGGGAAGGACUCUUGUUCCUCUGACAUCACGGUCAAAGAGCGUAAGAACCCUCCAGUGUUCACCAAGAAGCCAUCAGAGCACAUCGAGGACAUGGAGGGAAAACUGGUGAAGAUGGAGGGACGGGUUUCGGGCUCUCAGCCCAUAUCCAUCACCUGGUUCAGAGACAACACGGAGAUCCACAGCUCCGACAAAUAUGACAUCAGCUUUAAGAGUAACGUGGCCGUGCUGUGCAUCAAGAGCAGCCAGGUGAGCGACAGCGGCAGCUACACCUGCCAGGCCUCCAAUGAGGCGGGAAGAGCCUCCUGUGACAUCACCGUGGGCAUCUCAGAGGCCAAGAAACCUCCGGUCUUCGAUGUCUCGCUCAAACCGGCGACGGUGGACGAGGGUGAGAAGCUGAGCCUCAGGUGUCACGUCUGCGGGUCACCGCCUCUGAAGAUCCAGUGGAUGAAGGACAGGAAGGACCUGAUGUCGGCCGGAAGCACCAGGAUCAGCUUCUCCGAUGGGACAGCCUGCCUGGAGAUUAGCGCCGCCUCCAGACACGACGCUGGCGAUUACCUCUGCAAGGCGUCCAAUGAGGCUGGCAGCGAGUUCUGCAAAGCUAAAGUGACAGUCAAAGAGAAACCAGGAGCAGCCCCGCCUCGGGCUGAAGCUCCAGCUGUUGCUCCGCCCAAAAAACUGGACAACCUGUUCUUCAUCGAGCAACCGAAAACUGCUCACGUGACUGAGAAGGGCACCGCCACCUUCAUCGCCAAGGUGGGCGGAGACCCGAUCCCCAGUGUGAAGUGGAUGAAAGGGAAGUGGAGGCAGAUAACGCACGGUGGCCGGAUCUCCAUCGAACAGAAGGGCCAGGAGGCCAAACUGGAGAUCAGAGAGGUGACCAAGUCAGACUCGGGUCAGUACAGGUGUGUUGCUUCCAGCAAGCACGGAGAGAUCGAGUGCAACACCGACAUGCACGUGGACGAGAAGAAAGAGGCGUCGCUGCUCGAGGGAGACCUCCGAGCCAAACUGAAGAAGACGCCAUCGAAGCAGAAGAGUCCACAGGAGGAGAAGGACAUCGACAUCGUUGAGCUUCUGAGGAAUGUGGACCCCAAAGAGUACGAGAAGUAUGCCCGCAUGUACGGCAUCACAGACUACCGCGGACUGCUGCAGGCCAUCGAGCAGCUGAAGAAGGAGAAAGCUGAAGAAAGUGGAAGACCGGAACUGGAACGUGGAGACAGAGAGUCAGAUGAGGACAUGGCCCGACUGGUGGCCGACCUGCAGAAGAGGAUGGAGCGCACAGAGCCCGUCACUGUGGUGAAGGACAUCUCCGAUCAGUCAGUCUUCACCAACAAAGAGGCGGAGUUUGAGUGCGAGAUCAAGAUCAACUACCCAGAGAUCACCCUGUCCUGGUACAAGGGCACGCAGAAACUGGAUAGCAGUGACAAGUACGACAUCAGCAUCAGUGGCGACCGCCACCUGCUCAAGAUCAAGAAGUGCCAGUCGUCCGACCAGGGCAACUAUCGGGUGGUCUGUGGGCCGCAUAUCUCCAGCGCCAAGCUCACUGUCAUGGAAGUGGAGGUUGAGAAGCAUCUGCAGGACACAUCGGUUGCCAGAGUCGCUAUCGAGGAAACGGUGGAGACUCAGAGAAUUGGAGUGAGAGAGGAACUCCCAACUAAAGUUCGCAAACCUGAGGAGAAAAAGCCUGAAGAGAAGCUGACAGCAGCAGUGAAGGUCCAGCCUGAAGUCGAGGCCAAAAAGCCGGUGGAGGAAAAGGUUGCAGUGGUUUCAGUUCCAGAGAAGAAGGAAGUUCCUGCUCUCAAAGAACCGGAGGAGCUUCCGAGGCCUGUUGUUCCUUCGCUGCCCACUGAAAAGCCUGGAGUGCCAAAGAAAGAUGAGUCCAGGCCUCAGGUUCUAGCAGAGCCCAAAAAGGUGGCCCCCGCAGAAGAACCUAAACCCAAACCGAAAGCAGAACCUCAACCAAAGCCUAAACCCUCACCCCCCAAAGCAGAACCUGAACCCAAACCUGCCAAGAUCCAGCUGGAGCCUGAAGCUAAACCGGCAGCGCUGAAGAAGCCUACAACACCACCCUCCAAAGAACCUGGAGAACCUGGAAAACCUGAGCUGGCAAAGGUUAAGCCUAAGACCAAGCCAGAACCAGGAGUCCAAAAACCGGAACCAGGAGUCCAAAAACCGGAACCAGGAGUCCGAAAACCAAAACCAGAACCAGAACCAGAAAAACCAAAACCAGUGGUCCGUAAGCCAGAGCCUCCUGUAACAAAACCCCACCCAGCCGUCGCCAUGCCAGAACCUUCAGCACCAACAGCAGAACCAGUCAUGGUUCCCAAACCUGAGCCGGCCAUGAAAAAACCUGAAGCAAAACCAGAACCACCCAAGACCAAACCAGAACCGACGGCUGCUCCAAAGGAACCGUUGAGGAAAGAACCAGAAACAGCAGCAAAGAAGGAGGGGCUUCCUCCAGCUACAGUCCAACUGAAGGUGCAGAGAGAAGAAGAAGCACCACAGAAGAAGCCUGUGGCAGCUAAAGUUCUCGUGGAGGAAAAGCUUCCCGAAGCUCCAACAGCAGCAAAGGAACCAGAGGCUGCCGUCGUUCCUCCCAAAGUGCUGAAGAGAGAGAAAGCUUUCAAAGCUAAACUGGUGCCAGACGAGGUUUCUGAAACGGUUCCUCACAAAGUGAUUGAUGAGGUAGUUGAGUUGAAGACUGAACUCAAGACUGUUAAAAAACCUGAAACUGCACCAGAGCGACGAGCUCCACAGAAAACUGAGCUGAAGGAAAGAACUCUGGACAGAGUUCCAGAGCGACCUGAGAGAAAAGAGGAGGAAACUCUAAAGAUGCUUCCAGAAGAACAUGUUGAGGAAAAAGUUUCAGACAAGGCUGCUCCAGAGAGGAGGCCUGUCAAAGUUCCUCAGGAGGUGACGGAGGACGAGAGGAAACCGCCUGAGGAACUUCCUGUGAAGGUGCAGGAAGUGAAAGUCAAGAAGGUGUCAAAGAAACAAACAGAGAGAAUCUCUGUGGAUAAAACAGCUGAAGUUCAACCAGAGGUUGAAGAAACUCUUCGUAAAGGUACAGCUUCAUGA